GUUAGAUAAAAAAAAACAGACGUGUAUAUACCGCGCAGCUAUUAUAUGCGACGAUAAAUAUUUCAUUUUUAUCUUGUGAUGUCACGCGCCGCGUGAUUACAGGCUUUAUCAGUCGUACACGUUGAUGCCAUGUACGGAAUGUUGCGAGGACACCGGACACGUGGAUCUUGGAUCUGUUGAGAGCGAAUGUAGGGAAAAGAGGAAACCGUGGAGCAAUCAGUUUCGGCUCCGUUCGAGGGUCUUCCCGAUUCUACAGUUAUCUCGACGGGAAGAAAAAAAACCUACAAACGUCCAGUUCGGCGUCUGAGACGCGCCAGGCUGAAUUUUCGGACAUCCGAUAGACUUUCUCCAAUUUGUUUCGCGAUUCGCAUCACAAUUGACUCGAUUCAAAAGGGGCGACUCCAUAUUUCUUUUGCCACCUCUCUGUUUGUCUGAGCCUGAAACGGGAGACGCGCGUGACUGAUAAACGCCGUCCGGUCGUCCGGUGAUAACGGACACCCUGUAUAACGGCAAGUUUAAGAAAAAGCGAAGAUAGGGGCCGGCGAAAUAUCGUCAGGUAGCGCGGCGAAGUCGUAAGUUCAAGGGCGUGUGUAUCCGUCGCCGGGAUUAGUCUCGUACGCCUGCUGCACGUGCACACGGGAACCGGGAAGAUGGGCCAGCGGGUCUCGAGGACGGACUUCGAGUGGGUCUACACGGAGGAGCCGCACGCCACGCGCCGCAAAAUAAUUCUGGAGAAAUAUCCAGAAAUCAAGCAACUGUUUGGGUAUGAUCCAAAUUUCAAAUGGGUCGUCACUGGGAUGGUAUUGGUGCAGUUCCUAUCGUUGUUUAUCGUCAAAGAUCUGAGCUAUCCGAAACUCUUGCUAUUAGCAUAUUGCUUCGGAGGGGUGAUAAAUCACUCUCUUAUGCUCGCGAUACACGAGAUAUCUCAUAAUCUUGCCUUUGGACAUGCCAGGCCUAUGGCUAAUCGACUGUUCGGCUUCUUUGCAAAUCUGCCAAUAGGAAUACCGAUAUCUAUCAGCUUUAAGAAAUAUCAUCUCGAGCACCAUCGUUAUCAGGGAGAUGAAAAAUUAGAUACGGACCUACCAACGUUGUUAGAAGCUAAACUGUUUUGUACGACUGUUGGGAAGUUCUGUUGGAUAGCGCUACAACCAUUCUUCUAUGCAUUCCGACCUCUUGUAACGUACCCAAAGAUACCAACUUCUCUAGAAUAUAUAAAUUUAGUUAUACAGUUGACGUUCGACGCCUGCCUGUGGUACUUUUUUGGUGGUAAAGUACUGUUUUAUUUGCUUAUUGGCUCUCUAUUGGCAAUGGGACUGCAUCCCGUGGCGGGACAUUUUAUAUCGGAACAUUAUAUGUACAAAAAAGGUUUUGAGACGUACAGUUACUACGGUCCUCUAAAUUUCAUCACAUUCAACGUUGGAUAUCACAACGAACACCACGACUUUCCUGCGGUGCCUGGUUCGAGAUUACCACAAGUAAAACGUAUUGCCGCAGAAUUUUACAACGACUUGCCGCAGCACAACUCGUGGGUGUCCGUUCUGUACGAUUUCGUGAUGGAUCCCGAAAUCGGACCGUAUGCAAGAAUGAAAAGAAGGCAUCGAGGAUUAGAAUAAUAGCGAUUAGAUCUUUUUAAAUUUCUUAGAAGUUCUUUCUAAGAAUACCGCAUAAAAUCUAUAUAUGUAUGUUACUAAGUCUGUGUGCGUGCCGCAGAAUUGCAUGUUUAGUAACAUAUAAUUUAAGAAUUUGCUUAUAUUGUAUUGUUGAAAUUGGGAUAUGUGUGUCACACGCUGAGGCACAUAAGCAUAUUCGCCUGUAUUGUAAUGUAAAUUUAGGGAAAAUUUAUACAUGAUAUUAAUCCUACAAGCAAGCAAUUUUUCAGUAUUUCUCUUGCAAUGUUUUCAUUAAAGUAUUUUUUUUAAUCUAGUCAUACUACCAAUAACUUUGGUUAAGUAUUUGUGUCAUUAAAGUCGAGAGUUAUUUUCUUAUCAAACAAAUAGAAAAUGUAAGAGCGUAAUUAUCUCCAAUUCUGAUUCCAUUUUGACUUUGACUCAAAGCGAUUGUUACUUUCGUCCUGUAAUUGUAGUCAGUAAUGAAGUUUGGUUCUUAAGACUCAGAUUUUCGAGAGAUAUUAAUAUUUGAUUAUAAUUCUAUUUCUCUGAUUGUACACAAUGUUCAAAUAAACUUCCAAGUAAAUGUAAACUUAUGAAAGUUCAAUGUAAAAUCACUGGAAUUUGUGCGGCUCCGAUUUAAUCUGCGUUCAACAGCGCUGCGUGUCUCAUGAAAUAAAAGUGAUGUAAGAGUACGCGUGUAUA